UCUUCUCCAGUUCUUUCUGCCUGAGCUACCAUAACCGUUCGCGCCUCCUACUCUCCUCUGUGCUUAAUCGAGCUCUUCCGUGGCUAGCUGAUUUCACCAGCAAUGGCGGACAAGGCAGUGACCAUUCGUACCAGAAAGUUCAUGACCAACAGGCUUCUCUCCAGAAAGCAAUUCGUCAUUGAUGUUCUUCACCCAGGAAGACCCAAUGUUUCCAAGGCUGAACUGAAGGAGAAGCUUGCAAGAAUGUAUGAGGUGAAAGACCCCAACUCAAUCUUCGUCUUCAAGUUCCGGACUCACUUUGGUGGUGGGAAAUCUACUGGCUUUGGGUUGAUUUAUGAUACUGUUGAGAACGCUAAGAAAUACGAGCCAAAGUACAGGCUCAUCAGGAAUGGACUUGACACCAAGGUAGAAAAGUCAAGGAAGCAGAUGAAAGAGCGAAAGAACAGAGCCAAGAAGAUCCGUGGUGUUAAGAAGAGUAAGGCUUCAGAUGCUGCCAAGGGUGGCAAGAAGAAGUGAGGCUAGAGAAUUUUUCGCUGCUGUUGAAGCCCAUAUCAGCAAUGGGUUGUUUUAACAGCCUUGUUUUCACAUUAGGUUUUUUUGACAUUAUAUGGUAUCAGUGUGGAUGUCUGUCUCAUUUAAUGUUUAGUUAUUUUAUGAAUUUUUGAGUAUUUUGGACAACAAUUUUGGAACAUUUAGUAAGCAAGAGAUUUAAAUAUUUUCCCUUAAAGCUUUGAUUUAAGAAAACUGUAUGAACAAUACUGUUUCAAACCAGUCUCUUAGCCAAGUGUUUUCCUAUUCGAUCA